AUGGCGGACUUGGAGAACAUGCUUCUGGAGGCAGCUGGAAGAACCAGCUCCCCGCACAGAAAGCGCCACAAUAGUAAUAGUACUAGUAGUAAGCCGCGAAACCAGAAAUCCAAACGAGGAGAUGAUGCUGGAAGUGAGUCCAGAGGGGAAGACUCCGACGCCGAGGGCGGCGGAGCAAGCAAGAAGAAGCCGCCAUCGUCAUCAAGGAACGUUCCUCUCAAGAAGAGGUUGGACCUCACCAAAACUGAGAGGGAAUUAGGCCAUGAAGGAGAGCUGUUGGAGGAUGAUGAUGAUGAUGAUGAAGAUGAAGAAUCUGAUGUUGGCAGUGAUCUCUACAAGAAUGAAGAUGACAAGCAGAGGCUAGCAAACAUGACCGAGCUCGAAAGAGAGAUGAUACUCUCCGAUCGAGCUGCCAAAAAAGGCGAAAAGGAGUUCAAAGAACAAUUAAGAAUGAAAAGGGACACCAACAACAAUGCUACUUCAAAGAACAUGAUCAAUCAUCAAUCACCUCUUCCACCACCACCACCACCAUCAUCUUCCUCCAAGGUUCGCUCCUCCACCAGACACGCCGAGAGGACCGCCGCCAAAGGCGAUGUCUUAAGCGAGUUGCGAGCCAAGAGGAUGAAGCAGCAAGUGGUAGACACUCACCAUGGAAAACCAUCAUCAUCAAGCACCAAUAAGGGGAUUCCAAUGAAGAAGAAAGCAGUAACUACUUCAAGUAGCUCAAGCCAGAGCGAGAGCGGUGACAGUGAUAGAGAUUCCUCUGAAGGGUUGGCUGAUAGUGACGAUGACGAUGACAAGAACAUGUUGAGAGAAUCAAACAUGCCAACGUUUGAAGAAAUCAAGGAAAUCACCAUUAGGAGAUCGAGGCUUGUGAAGUGGCUGAAUGAACCAUUCUUUGAAGAGUUAAUUGUUGGGUGCUUUGUUAGAAUUGGGAUUGGAAAAUCAGAGAGUGGAGCUGUUUACAGACUCUGCAUGGUUCAGAGUGUUGAUUGUGGCGAUCCAAAUAGGCACUACAAGGUUGAGAACAGAAUCACUCACAAGUACCUUGUUUGUGUUUGGGGAAGUGAAAGCUCUGCCAAGAGGUUCCAAAUGGCUGUGGUUUCGGAUUCUUCGCCAUUGGAGAAAGAGUUCAGGCAAUGGGUUAGGGAAAUUGAGAGAAGUUGCAGCCAAAUGCCGAGUAAGGCGAGUGUUUUGGACAAGAGAGAGGCCAUUAGAAGAACGAAUAACUAUGUCUACUCUGCAGCCACUGUGAAGCAGAUGCUGGAGGAGAAGAAAGCCGCGCCUACUCGGCCGCUUAAUGUCGCGGUUGAGAAGGACAAGCUGAAGAGGCUGAUGGAGGUAGCAAAGAGCAAGAACGAUGAGGCCGAGGUGCAGAGGAUCUGCGCCAAGCUCCUGGAAUUGGACGCGGCACGCGAAGCCAGGGAUAAUGACAGCAGGGCUAAAAGAUUAGCUGAGAUGAACAGAAAGAACAAGGUUGAUAAUUUCAAGAACUUGUCAAACAAGAAGAGAGUUGAAGAACCAAGUGUGUCAGCAGGUAAUGCUGUUGGGUUUAAAGCCACAGAAGCAGCACUGGAAGCUGCUGCAAGUGCAGGGAAAUUGGUGGAUACUUUGGCUCCGGUGGAUUGCGGAACAGAAUCAAACAUGAUGCAUGAUUUUGAGUUGCCGAUUUCACUGGCUGAACUUAAGGAUUUGGGCGGACCACAGGGAUUGAAGAAUGGGUUCUUGGCAAGGAAACAGAAGAUAGAAGCAACGGUUGGGUUGCAGGUGCCUGAAAACGAUGGAGGUAGGCAUGCUCUCACAUUAACUAUCAGCGACUACAAGAGAAGAAGAGGGCUGUUGUAG